AUGCCUGGAAGUAAGAUGGAAUUUCAGCUUUCUAGUGAGCAGCUUCAGAGUGGAAUGAAGGUAUUUAAGAGAAUCUUUGUGAUGUUAGAACCAUGUAGGCAGAACUGGCUAGGUGGAUGUAGGCCCCUAAUAUCUCUAGAUGGUUGUCACUUAAAGGGAAAAACAUUUGGAUGCCUCUUGACUGCUGUGGGGAAGGAUGGGAAUGAUGGCAUAGUUCCCAUUGCUUGGGCAGUGGUUAAUAAAGAAAACAAGAACAACUGGAGAUGGUUUAUGAUGUGGUUGAAGAAGGAGCUGAAUCUAGAAGAGGGUGGUCAAGUCACAGUAAUGUCAGAUAUGCAAAAGGGUUUGAUGGAGGCAGUGAAGGAAGUCACACCUCAAGCUGAACACAGGUGGUGUGCAAGGCAUAUUUAUGCCAAUUGGAGCAAGAAAUGGAGGGGUGAAGAAUUCAAGAAAAGGUUUUGGACUGCAGCAUGGAGUUCUUAUCCAAUGGAAUUCAAAAUGAACAUGGCCAAGCUUUCAGCCAUCAACAAGAAGGCAACUACUGACCUUCUUCAAUACCCAAGUGAGCACUGGUGUAGAGCUUUUCAAAGCUCUAGAUGUUCCACAUACAUGGUGGACAACAACAUCAGUGAGUCAUUUAAUUCAAGUAUUUCAGAUGCUAGGCAUAAGCCAAUCAUAUCUAUACUAGAAGAUAUUAGGAUGAUUGUUAUGUCUAGGAUAAGGGAUAGGAAGUCAGUGGUAAAUACUUGGAAAACUGAAUGGUGUCCGAAUGCUCUCAAAUUAUUUGAUUCAAACAAGCAAGAGUCGAUGGAGUGUAAUGUCCUAUGGAAUGGGGACAAUGGUUAUGAAGUAACUGAUGGAGAAAACAAACACAUAGUGUUUGUAGACACUAAGAAAUGUACAUGUCAAAUGUGGGAAUUAAGUGGUAUACUCUCCUCACACUUGAAUCAUACUUGCCCUCAAGUAUGA